UUAAGAAAUAUGGGAUUUUAAAACAAGAAUAAAAAAUAUUGAACUCCGUGGUACUAAAGUUGGCAAUUUCAAAUGGUGAAUGACUUUAAUGUAGAAUAGGAUCAGAGCAGUAAGCCAAUGUGCAUGCUGCAAAUAGCAGUUUCAGUUCCACGUAUUCAUAGGAAAAUUAUACUGGAUUUGCAUGCCAGCAGAAACCAAAGGUAUUUGGCGAGAUUAAAUUUGACAUUUUAGGAUAAACAGCUAAACGAUCGAAGUGUUUAGGUGUGUAUUCGUGGCCAGUAGUAGCUAUAAUCUACAAGCUAUUAACCUCUGAUAGAUUUGGUAGAUGUACGUGGUGGUUCUGUGGGGUAAAGUGGGACACAGUUAGCACAUGUGUACACUUUUAGAGUCGCGGGGGUACAGGUAUAGAAUUCUAUAAUUGUUCUUUCUGUACUACCAAAUGGGACGAGAAAAUAAUUAAAUGAAGACGUGUCCCAUUUUACCCCAUCCUACUAUAUAUCUGUAAAUCUUUAUAAAACGUUUCAAUGAAUAAUUGCAUAUAUUAGGCCAUGUGUUGACAUUUAAGCACUUCGUCGUCCGUCAUAAUUAGGGCUUUAAUAUUCGUGAUUGCGACCACAUUAUAAAUUAGUGUUUCUGCUAUAUUUAGAUGUCGAAUCACACAUGUUAAAUACAUCGUAUAGGGAAUUGAGAAGUGAGUUUUCGACGUAGUACCUCAAACCGUGUGACUGUCAAAUCGUUUUGCGUAGGCAGUAUAUUUUGUAGAUUAGCACCGUGAGAAUGGGACUAGAUCACGUUUGGUUUCGUUUCACCUUUAUUUGCUGCUCAAUUGAAUAAAAUAGUUAGCCACAAAUGCGUCAUAGUACUAAUUGCUCGCACUUUAAAUAUGCGUAGCAUUCGACAAGCUUGGAAAUCAACAGUGUGUCUCAGCAGCUAUAUAUAAAAAGCUUGUGGCUUUGUAGUCAGAGACAUCGCCAGCGAUCGUAGUGCCCGAUUCUUGGGAGCAUGAGUAACUUUGGAAACAAACGGAAAAUUCACGGUGACUCACCGACGUCAAGGUAGAGCUUGAGCGUGGUUGCCGGAGGGCACUGCUGUUAGUAAAUCCAAAACUAGCACAGAACUUCGUAAAUUGUGUUCUAGUUUUGCUAUUUCAUGGUAAUUAAGCCGUACAGAUGAAAGAUGUAGUUAUAAAAGAGAGUUUCGGUCUGAUUACCCAUGUUUAUUUCAAGUCCAAAGGUGUUUAAAAGAGCAGCGAAGAACAAGAGGUGUAAACGAGUUGAACUAUCAAUUUUGUGAAUUUCGUCUCUCAUUUUAAUAUUUUUAUUGUUUUUUUGCAAGAGAUGAAUUAGUUUUUCUACAUAAAAAUGCACAGUUAUUCUGUUGUGCUCCUCAGCCUCUUGUCUGUUUUCUACAUAUUUCACCCAUGGACAGGAGUAUCCUGUCAAUUGCUACCAAGACAUACACCCACAGCGUCCGAUUGUGUAGACCAAUAUGGAUGGUGUAUCUUUGAAUUUCGAAGUUGUGGAUACACAACUGUUGCGAUUGGAUGUCGCAGAACGUGCAACAACUGCUACUGUAAUGCGGUGCAAUACGGAUGCGAACACUUCUGUACUAAUAAUGGCUCAAGUGUUAACUGCAUAUGCCGAACGGGUUAUAGGUUACACAGAAAUGGCAGAAACUGUACAGAUAUAGAUGAAUGCGUAAAUCACCCUUGUUCGCGUACUGAAUAUUGCGUAAACACGCCUGGCAGUUACUAUUGUUCAAGCGAGUUUGUUUGCCCUAACGCCAACACUUACCAGUACUACCUUCAAGAACGCUGCUGCCGGAUAAAUGACGCUGCCUGUGGCCAAAACCCCCUUACUGGAUCCGGGGUAGACCUGGUUGGACCGAAUCAAAUCCUUACGCAGUGGCCCUGGACAGUGUUUCUGCAUAUUGGAAACAAAGUGUGUACCGGUGUACUUGUCCUACAAAAUUGGAUUAUUGUACCGUCACGUUGUUUCAGCGGUUGGCGAUCCGGACAAACACUAAGUGCAACUUUUGGCGCCCGCGAAGUCAGUACGGGUACUACUACUGGACAGCAUCCCCAAACAAUUAACUUAGCUGAGGUAUACAGACACCCAAGUUAUUCUUUCCCUCACUAUGAUAUAGCGGUCGCACAUUUGGACAACGGCAUUCGAAACACAGAUUCAGUAAAACCGAUUUGUCUUCCUUUUGGGGAAGUCCCGCCCGACGGUGUAAAAUGUUUUCUUGUGGGUUACGAAGCCGAAGUUUCGAAUGGAGCGCUCGUGCGUGUGAGAAAAGACAUCGCAAUGAAUGUAACAUCAAUAGAAGAAUGCAGACGGAACGUUAUUAACGGUCAUCAAGUUGAAAACAACAUGAUUUGUGCAAAGUACGAUCCCCAACAGCUCGGGGCUUGCGUUGCCGAGUCGGGAGGACCACUUAUGUGCCAAAGAUGUACAUCCUGUAACUGGUAUGUGGCUGGCAUCUUUACGUUUGGUGAUGUAUGUGUUAAGCGUAACAGCUACGCUGCGUUUACAUCUGUUGAACCUUAUGAAGGAUGGCUUAGUAAUCGUACUGGAAUAACAAUACAAAAAGAUAAAUCAUGUGGCGCAAGAAUACCAGUUUGGCGGCCUUGGACAUCUUGGUCGACUUGUGACACGUCAUGUGGUGACGUCGGACAGAGGACUCGAUCACGUAUCUGUUGGAAUGGUAACCCUGGUGACGCUGGUUGUCUUGGCAACUCCACAGAAAUAUCAAGAUGCAACAUAAGACCUUGCCCAAGAUGGACCUUCGAUAACUCAUGGAGCUCAUGCUCUCGUUCUUGCGGAGGUGGGAUACUUACUAGAGUAGCGACAUGUAUUAACGGGCAACGGGGUGACCCAGGAUGUGAUUUUCCAAUCCCUAGAAAUACAUUGCCAUGCAACCAACAUUUUUGUCCCACAUGGAGCGAUUGGUCACCAUGGACUCGGUGCUCGUCCACUUGCGGUACAACUGGCACCCAACGAGCUACUAGAGUUUGCCAUGGAACUGGGGGUUGCAAUGGACUUACUGAGAGAAUAAAAACUUGCAACCGAAUUACAUGCCCUGUGUGGAGUACUUGGUCAUCAUGGACUGAGUGUCCACGAACAUGCGGUGGCGGUGUCAUAACAUCUCGAAGAGUAUGCGAAGUCGGAACUUGCCCAGGUUCUUACAUACGGACAGAUUCAUGUGCUUCUCAACGCUGCCCUGUCUGCGAAGACUGGGAGCGAUGGAGUUCAUGCAGUCGCUCAUGUGGUCCCGGUAGACGAAUCCGAGAAAGGCAGUGCUCUGCCGACUCUGCGACAGAACACAAUACUCGUGAGGAAGAAGCAUGCAAUGCAAAACAAUGCUCAGUUUGGGGGACGUGGCAGUCUUGGUCAUCGUGUACGGAAGCUUGCGGUCGGGGACGAAAAUCAAGAGUAAGAAGCUGUUUGAAUGGUCGAGAUUGCAGAGGCAGACCUAGGGAGAAUAGAACUUGUUAUGGAACAAGUUGCCCAGGGGUUUGGUCCCGUUGGAGCAGUUGGGGUGAUUGUUCCAAUACUUGUGGGGUAGGUGUCAAAACUCGACAGAGAGACUGUACUAGACGAGGAUCUUCAAAUGGACCGUGUGUGGGGAGUAACAACCAAACAAAGAGUUGUACUGGUUCUUCCUGCAGAGGUGAUUGUUCUUCACUCACAAAUAACCCAAGAGCUAACUUUUGUGAACGGUUCGCUCGGUACUGCAGUCAUUCACAAUACAGAAGACAUAUGGAAAGGUACUGCGCGAAAACAUGCUGUCUUGAAAGAAAUCAAAACGAUUUCGCUCAGUGGUCACCUUGGUCUAAAUGUUCUAAAGAUUGCGGGGUCGGGGAACAACGACGGCAGAGAAGAUGCCGAAAUCGAAACUCCUGUCGUCGUAACGAUGUACAGCGUCGAAGGUGCCAAGGUGAUUUCUGUGGUAGAACAUUAGUUAUAAGCGAUUGGACAGACUGCACGGCCACGUGUGGUGGAGGGGAGCGGUUAAGACCGCAGAACUGUAGCGUAACCAACACUACGACAAGUUGUGUUCCGUUUAUCGUAGAAGCUUGCGCAACGCAACCUUGUGCGGUGGAGAACAGCACGUCGCAAGUUGAUUCUGCUGGUCAAACAAACCAAACGCGAACUCCAGAAUGGGGCGAAUGGUCGAUCUGUUCCGCGACUUGUGGGUUGGGGGUGCGAAUUCGACAGCGCGCAUGUGACAUCGAAAGCUCGGACGGCUGCACGAUAAGUGAGACAGGUUCAUGCCAAGGAAUAUUCUGCCCUGGAACUUGGUCAGCUUGGUCCGUAUGGAGCACCUGCACUAGAACUUGUGGCACUGGGACGGCGAACAGACUUAGAACAUGCUUGGACGGAUUAGUGUGUACCGGGUUAACAGGCGAUCUCCGAUAUUGUGGAACUACGCCAUGUGCAGGCAACCCUACUUGAAAUAAAAGAAGCCCAAUACAAAUAUUUUAGUAUUUUCUCGAAAUGAUGACAACGAAAUUUUAUUUGUUUAUGUAUUGUUCAUAUUUAUAAGUUCUGACUGUUUGUGCGAAUUUAUUUCUGCAUUUCACGAAUUUGUGUUACGAAUACAUUUGGUGAAUACACAAAAAAUACAAAUACGGUUCUAAACAAAAAAAAAUA